CUUAAUAGUUUUAAAGCAAUUAUUAGAUCACAGGUACUGCAUUUAGAGAUGAAUACAUGGGUGCCGGGCUCAAAGGCAUUUCUACAUAAUGCACGUCUCCCUUGCAGACAAUAUACAUAGUGAGAAGCUCAAACUUAUAGUAGGUUUGAACUUAUAGUUAUUUGCUUUGGUUUUGUUUUGAGCUCCUUAUUUUCCACAAAGGGUUUAGUUUCAGUGAUCAAGUGUCCAUACUUUUAGUAAUUAUGACCCCACUGAGUUCCCAUAUUAGUCUAUAAUAUUAUCAUUGACUCAAUAUAACCUCAUUAGGAGUCAUAUACCAUACAACACAUUAAAUGAAAGCAUUUAAUUAAGAGCAACAUCUUGUUACAUUUCAGUGAUUGUAAUUCUAGCUAGAAUGAAAACCAGCAUACAAAGGUGACCCAUGAGUUUGGGAACCCCUUGAUUAGACCACAGAAAUUGAUUUUAUGUAGGAAUACAAGAACAGUCUUUUGUUUUCCAUUACUCAUAAAUCUUAUGAAUAAAUGUAGCUAAAAUGUCAGAUCACGUACAGUGCAGUCCUUAAAUACUAUGGAACAGGAACUGAUGAUGGUGCAGAACAGACCUUUUUUCUUGCUUUGGCUCUGUACUCCACAAUUUUAGACUUGUAAUCAAACUAUUCGGAUGUGGUUAAAGUGCAUAUUCUUGGCUUUUCUUAAAGGAUAGUUUUAAUACAUUUUGGCUUCACCAUAGAAAUUACAGCACUUUUUAUACAUAGUCGCCCAUUUCAGGGUACCAUAAUGUUUGGGACAAAUGGCUUCACAGGUGUUUCUCAUUAGUCAGGUGUGUUUGAUUGCUUCCUUAGUACAGGUAUUAGAGUGUUUUCAGUAUCUAGUCUUGAUUCCAUGCUUUUGAUUGCCUCUGGAGUCUGUUAAUGAGACUGACACAUAAGAAGAAAACAAUACCAUGUUUGGUAAUAUAAUAACAAAACAGCCAUUAUGGUUUGUUUUCAUAAAUUAGUUAAGGCAUAGAGCAAUACUGUACAAGAACUGUCGAUCAGUUUCAUAAUUACAUACCAAGGUAUUUCAUUAAUUCAUUAUUCCAAUUAAUUUAUGUUCGAUAAAUGAAUGAAUUACAGUUGUAUACUGCGCAUGUACGUAUCUGGUUAAAACGUUAUUGCGGCGCAAAGGAGUCAACCUUCAAAGUGACCAUUGCGACAUUUUAAUUCUUACAACUGGAGAGUGUGCAGUAUAUGAAAUGUAUACACUGAGAAAGGUGUCAUUGUAUAUUAAAAUAAAGGCUUAUACAAUUAUGUGAUGAUCCUUGUUUAAUGUUUUUUCCGAGUCAAUUUUCCAGACAGUUAAAAGUGCCCUCGAGAUGAUGGGGUGGGGGGGACGGGACGGUUGAUGACAGGACUCGAUUAAUGAUGAUGUUUCUAAUGCAUACAUUCGGCGCAUGCGCAGUAUGACACGAGCGGACAAGGGCACAGCAAGGGAAGAGUGACAUUCCUGCAACUUAGGAAACUUUAAAUUGACUGAUACCACCAUAGACAUACAGCAUCCUUAUACACAUAACCUACUGUAAGUGCUGUGUUAUUGUUAUUAGAUUGAUUGCUAUUUUGAGUGGUUUGGCCGCCUGAAUCGGAUUGCUGUUUCUCUGGAGCUGGCUAGCUAACUAGCCACAGGUAACUAACAGCAGGUUUAGAUAGAUAGCUAAUAGCACACAAACAUACUUGACAAGCUAACUUAAGCUAGCGAUUUUGCCUAUGAGUGUUCCGGUGUGUCAAGUUUAACAGCGAGUUAAUAUACCUGAGUUGUUGACACAUAAUCGUAUGUCUGUGACAAAUUAUCACGAUAGCAGCUGCUGCGCAGAUACAGUUGGGUAAUUAGCUAACUAAUAUUAGUUAGCUAAUUUAGCUAUCUAUCUUUUACUUAUGCCUAUCGUUUUAUAUUAUCUAUAUUUCUGAGUUUUAUUCAUGUGAAUCUUUUUUGUCUCUAAAGCUUAAGUGAUUCCAUGAAUUCAACAUUUUGUGUCUAGCACCUUGAGCAAGCUGUCAAACAACCGAUUGCUGUUACUCCUGUGACUGUGCGUGAGUGACUAAUUGCGUUAGUAGCUACUCGUGUUUGGUCGGUCAUGCGGUUCUUUAACUUUCUAUAGCUCUGGGGCCAGUCGAGAUGCUGUACAUUAGCUCAUCAGUAAAGGGUUGCAACGGUUGCUUUAUUAGCAGGUUGAUGUAGACGUAAUGUAGGCUAGCAAGUACGUUAAGGGAUUUAAAUGAUUACAGUUCUCCUGUAUAUCACAUGUAAAAAAAAGACAACAUUUUGUUGCUAACUACUGUACUGCUAUAUUUUUAUGUUUUCAUUAAGAUAGAAUGACAGAGCUUAUGCCGUUUCAUUGAAAACACAAUAUUACCUAAGUCAAAGUAACAAUAUAGUCAAAGCAAGUUUGUAGACAGAAAGAUGGGAAAAUCCGGGUGGGCUUUAAUUUCACCGAACAUCUUUGGAUUGCAAUCAUAGACUUAAAAUUUGUGGACCAAUCAGUGACUGGGGUUUCCCCCUGCCCCCCGCGCUGAAUGGCUGUAAGUAGAAGGGGCGCAGCGUUGUGGUUCACACGUGGGCGGAGCUUUGGCGGCAGCCCCGUUGUCCAGGGAGAGCGUUGGAAACUGCCUCAAGGAAAAUACCUGUUAAAAUCAAAUCAUGAUUUGUUUCCCAUUAGUCCUUUCCGGACCAUCAGCAACAUCUCAUCGGCCCUUGCCCCACUCAGUUGUACGUGCACUCAGACUGUCUGCCAGUCCACUGUCGACCCAUUGAUAACUCAUCGUAUCCCCAAAAUCAGACAGCCAAUUAAAGUCCCCUUUCGGGAAGAGACGGUCAGCUUGUGUGUGCUUCUGGGCCCUGGAGAUGGUGGGGGCCAGCGUACCCUCUUAGAGGUCCCUCUGUCACAGUUCACUGGGUUCAGUGAGCUCUUGCCAUCAAGACCCGCCAAGAGCAGCGAGUUUCCUUUCCCUUUAACGACUGUGGACGGAAGGAGAGAGGAUGACAUAAAUGUGAGAGGAGGAGAAAGAGGUGGCAAACGAGAGCCGACUGUGCAGGAGAAAGAGUCAUUUCGAAGCUUCUUUGAGAAGGAGAGUUGCCCCGCUCCUUUUGUGUGGGGAUCUUGCUUUUACUGCUUCCACUGUCCGGCUACACACAGCCUUUUAUGGUAUAUGGACAAGUCAAUGAGAAUAACUAGACUGGAGCCCCAGACAUCAGCCUUCUCUACACCAACGCCUGUCUCUUACUAUGCACACACAGUGACAGAAAGGGGCGAAGGAAUGGAUGAGAGAGAGAGGGAGAGGGAGGAGAAACUUGCUCUGAUGCAUGAGAAGAUGAGGCAUGAGUUGCCUAGGUUCUUUUUGAAGAGUCAUGACUACAGCAUGUAUUCCCCUGAUGUUGAGUUCAUCAAUGGACUUUUAAACAUCAAGACAAGGGGCCGGCUGCUGUACCAGCUGUCCCUGUCCCUGUGGAAGGUGCUGUGCGUGCUCUACUUUGCGGAUGUGCGGCUGGAGGUGCUGAAGCUGAGCAAGCACAGCGAGGACGGGACGAUACGAGCCCGCUGGAGGGUGAGCGGGCUGCCUUUCCACCUGCUCGUGCUUCGCUUCUACAGGAGAGACAAGAGCAGUCUCUACAGGUCUUACGAUGCCUUCUCUACCUUUUACCUGGGGUCUGAUGGGCUUGUCCACUGUCACAGAGUUGAUAAGGUCAUGCCAGCCCAGCCCCCAGUUUUGCCGCGAGUAACCUCAGCACUGACCGGGGCAUUGGUGGCCCUGGGACUGCAGGAGCACAGACCUGCCCUUAAUUUACUGCCCUUCCUCUUCUUUCAGGAUAGGGCUGGGGAGAUAGUGAGGAGAGGGGCAUACUGAACCUCCUGUAGAGAUUGUGUAAGAUUGUGUGUGUGCGUGCAUGUGCACGAGUGUGUGAGAGUGAGUGUGUGAGUGAGAUGAAGAGAGGCCGCUGCAUGUAGUGUUUUAAGAUGGAAGAGAACUAGGAUAACACACAGAGAUGUGUGCAUUUAUGAUGGUGUAGGAGAGAGAUAUUAUAUAUAAUAUGAUAUAUAGAGAUGCUUUGAGAAUACAUUCUGUCCUAAUGACCCGACUACUUUAUUUCCUUCAUUCAAAAUGAAUGCAGUUCAUUAUUUUCUCUUUUGGAAUGAAUGUUUUAUAUAGCCACUCUGUUGUCUCUUACUUUGUGGCUUUUUAUUUAAAAAUUAAGAUAAAUUAUUACAAUGAAAUAUAACCCUCAAAUGAGCAAGGUCCUUAUUUAUGUAUGUAUAACAUACAGGUGUAUAAGCAAUACCUAUAUAAUGUCUGUGUGUGUACCAUCUACCAUUCAUAAUUGCUUACUGAUUUAAGUUGUACAUACUGUUCAUCAGAAGAAAUACUCAGUCUUGUACCAUACUAUUACAUACUGUGUAAUGAAUGCAUCACUCAACAUUGUUCAGGUAUCAAACACAUCAUCUGCGUAGAGAAGCUUACAGACAGGCAAUUGAAGGUAAGCUCCAGCUAUAUGGUGAAGGAAUAAUUCAAUGGGAGCUUUAUAAACGUAACCAGCAAUGGCCAAUGAUUGUGGUUGAUGUUUACAGACUUUAAAAGCACAAAGUUUAAAUUUAAAAAUAAGUUUCAAAUUAAAGCACAGACCUUUUCUCAUAUAGCAUUGAUAUAGUUAUUUCUAUCAGGCAAAUUAUCUAUCAAUAAAAUAAUGUGCUUCUGACUGGCAAGAUGGGAUUAUUGGACUGACAAGUCAGUUGAACUUGAAGCUGCAAUAUGGACCUUGCUGCUUAUACAGUUGUCUGAUUCAACUCUUGUGACCUGUGGUUAAACUGUAGCCUGUAACUGUAUUCAAUAAUUUGACUUCAGCUAUGGGUGUUUACUGCUCUGUGGUGAAAUGUGUUUUGUUAUACUUUAUUUAUCUAGGUGAGACCCAAUAAUAAAAAUAAUAAUGUUCAGUGUGA